AUCUUUCGACGACCAUUCUCUCUCUCUCUCUCUUUCUCACUUUCUCUCUUUGCAAAUCCUUGAAGAAAUCCAAAAUCCAUUGCAAUGGCGACUUCGAUAGCUCGACUUUCUCGGAGAGGAGUAGCUUCUAACCUGAUCCGUCGUUGCUUCGCUGCGGAAGCGGCGUUGGAGACGAAGACGGAGGUGCCUAAGCCGCAAUUGACGGUGUCGCCGUCGCCGGAUCGGGUGAAAUGGGACUACAGAGGCCAACGACAGAUCAUUCCUUUGGGACAGUGGCUUCCGAAGGUAGCCGUUGACGCUUACGUGGCGCCGAACGUUGUGUUGGCCGGUCAGGUCACAGUCUGGGACGGCUCUUCUGUUUGGAACGGCGCCGUAUUGCGCGGCGAUCUCAACAAAAUCACCGUCGGGUUCUGCUCUAAUGUACAGGAACGGUGUGUUGUUCAUGCCGCGUGGUCCUCCCCAACAAGAUUACCAGCAGCGACAAUUAUCGACAGGUACGUGACAGUGGGUGCAUACAGUCUUCUGAGAUCAUGUACCAUCGAACCAGAGUGCAUCAUCGGGCAACACUCGAUACUAAUGGAAGGAUCUCUGGUCGAGACCCGGUCAAUUCUGGAAGCGGGAUCAGUUGUGCCGCCAGGAAGAAGGAUCCCGUCAGGUGAACUAUGGGGAGGCAAUCCAGCAAGAUUCAUAAGAACCUUAACCAACGAAGAAACCCUAGAGAUCCCAAAACUUGCUGUAGCCAUCAAUCACUUAAGCGGAGAUUACUUCUCUGAGUUCCUACCUUACUCAACUGUCUACUUAGAGGUAGAGAAGUUCAAGAAGUCCCUUGGAAUCGCCGUUUAGAAGCUUCGUCGUCUUUUUCGGGUUUCACUGUCGUGUGCUUAUCUAUCAUAUCAUGAGGUCUCUCUCUGCAUAUUGCAAUAAGUAGCUGAAGAACAUCAAAACAAGUCCGGCUCUCUUUUCUUUUUGGUUCUCAAAUGUUUGUCUUCUCGUUUGUUUUGGGUUCUUUGUAAAAUUCCAUUUACAACUGAUUUUGGCUGGAUAUUGUCUGAAUGAUAAUGGCGACCACUUCCGGUUAUGUUGUAUGUGAGCAAAGCAAAGAUUUGCUGA